AAAAAAAUUUUUUUUUUUUUUUUCUCUCUACAGUUACUUUCUACUGUCUAAGAUUAUUGGUUCACUCAACACUAAUAAUGGCUACUACAAACCCCCUAGGUCUUGACCUCGACACCCAGUAUGAACCAACGUUUGUCGAACAGAACGUGUUUGAUCUCCUGGUAGCCUAUCUCCCAUCGGACUCGACAAUAACCCCUCAACAAGCAGCGGAGAAGAUCAACUCCCUUUUUCCUUACAACCGUCCGGAAGAAGAGGAUGAUAAAGAAUCUGCCGGCAAUUUUCUGGGUGAGCUCUGGGAGGUAAUGUUCCGCCUUGUUAUCCAGUUAGACUUUCAGGAACAGCCCAUGCAACGAUUUGUUGCUCUCCAUAAGGCUCUGAAAGAAUUACCUGAGAUUAUUGUCACCAAUGACUCGCAUUGGAUCAAUGGUAAAAGGGUAUGGCAAGAUCGACCCUGGUUUGCCCUGCAGUUGCAUGAAUGUUGGGCUGGGAUGACCGCUGGCCACAUAGUAAACAGCCCAGCUGACCGGGAGUGGAAAAACAUGAAUGGGCUACUGGCACACUUUACCAACGAAGGCAUCGCUAACAGUGCUGCCCGCGCCCUGAUAUGUAUCACCCAAUCCCUCGAGGAUGAUGAUCGAAAGGAACGAGCUAGAAUCAUUAACCUGUUUGUUCCAGCUGCUAGCAUCUGGUUCAUUCUCUGCGGUCCCAUAAUCUACGAGUAUUGCCAAAAUCACACCUGUGAUGACCAAGAAUUUGGGAAGAAGCUUUGGAAGGGAACACCGCGGCAGGGAUAUUCCAUCGCCCGGUGGGAAUUCUGGAGAGAUCGGUUUGAAGAGCUGAGUACGCAUUUCAUGGCGACGGAGGAGACGAGACAAGCAUGCAGGGCUGCGAUGGAUGCGAUGGACGCAGUUCCCAAAGCCAAUUGAUUCAAAGUGUAUUAUUAUUAUUGGAAUUAUCUACCUUCCAAACCAAAAAGUAUCGCGAAUUAAGUCAAAUGAAUUUUGCUAUUAUGC